CGUAGACUUUUUCCUCUCGGGCAGAGGCAGACGGAUAGGGUGGGAACAGAGCAUCUUCUUCGUCCUCGGGAACGAGCAGAGGAGCCACGCUGCCGAGGAGUCGAGGAGAUGGCCAUGCCCACCUUCCGCAUCGCUCCCGACCUGCCACCGGUCUCCCGCCUCUGCUUCGGGACGAUGACGAUGGGGGAGCAGAGCGGGACGACGAGCUCGCUGCGCCUCCUCGACGCCGCCUUCGACGCCGGGGUCAACUUCUUCGACUCCGCCGAGAUGUACCCGGUCCCGCAGCGCAGCGAGACCAGCGGGCGCAGCGAGGAGCUCCUCGGCCGCUGGCUGCGGGCCCGCCGGGCCCCGCGCGACCAAGUCGUCGUCGCCACCAAGGUCGCCGGGCCGUCCGGCCAGAUGACGUGGAUCCGCGGCGGGCCUACGUCUCUCGAUUCGCAGAACAUCACGGAUGCAAUUGAUGACAGUUUGUGCAGGCUGGGUGUGGAUUACAUCGACCUCUACCAGAUACACUGGCCCGAUCGGUAUGUUCCUAUGUUUGGGGAAACAGAGUAUGACCCGAGCAGCCAGUACACGUCUGUUCCAAUGGAAGAACAACUCGAGGCUCUUGGAAGAGCCAUAGAUGCAGGAAAGAUCAGGUACAUUGGCCUUAGUAACGAGACUCCAUACGGCCUGAUGAAGUUUCUUCAGCUGAGCAAGGACUUUCAGUUGCAUUCCAAGCUACUGACAGUGCAGAACUCAUAUAACUUGCUGUGCCGGAAUUUUGAUUCUGGAUUGGCAGAAUGCUGCCAUCACGAGAGAAUCAGCUUGCUGGCCUACAGCCCAAUGGCAAUGGGUAUACUUUCCGGAAAGUAUCACUCCUCUGAUGACUCUGGUCCACCAGAGGCAAGAAUGAAUCUUUUCAAAGGGAGAUAUUCUGAAGGCGAAUCCCGAUACAAACUUCAGAGUCCUGAAGUGAAAUUAGCUGUGAAGGAAUACACACAGAUUGCUGCGAAGUAUGGAAUUUCUCCAGCAACCUUAGCGAUAGCAUUUGUAUUGAGACACCCGCUUGUCGCAUCAGCUGUUUUUGGUGCUACUAAACUAUGGCAGCUUUAUGAGGUUCUUCAGGCAGCUAGGAUUCAUCUCCCCGAGGAAAUUCUUGUUGAGAUCAAUGAUGUUCAUGCAAGAUACCCGAACCCUUGCCCAUAAAUUUCUUAGUAGGGAUCAUUUUUGUUUGCUGAUUGCAAUAUCAGUAUGAUUAGGAACUCAGGAUGGGGCUGCAAUUUUGUUAGAGCUGAGUUAGCCAUCUACUUAUCAUAUUCAUUCUCUCUAGCUUUGUCAAUGAUGUCAGGCCCUCCACAAUGUAUCACUUGAGUGAUGCUCCAAUUGGAAACAGAGUAUAUAGGCUUCGCUCUCAACACUGCAACCAGCGAUGCCCAAACUAAGAAAAUUGGGAGCGAUGAACCUACAAGCGCCGAUGCCCAUCGAAUAAACAAACAAAUAAACUGAAGUUUUGCUGUCGCUUGCUC